UGUUGUGAAGGGAGCAGAAGACGAGAAACCUAAUCUCAGAACCCAACAACACCUAGCAACAGUUGAAAAAACUUUUAAACAAAAGUCUGGGUGGGAGAUCUACAACAGCCUCCAAUUUCUGCUGAUCGGGAUUUCAGGGAGAAGAAGCUGCUUUUCCCUUCCCUCUACUCAGUUUCCUGCAUGACUUCAGCUGUUGGCUAGUCCUAGGAAAGAAAGUGGGAAAAGCUUUUUCCUCUGUAUUCUUUUUGGGCUGGAUAGUUUUCCAGGACUCCAGUCUCUCUGGGGUUGUGGGACAAGCCACUGGGUUCUUCAAAGGAUAAACUACCUCCAUAAAGGACAUACCCUUGGUUAAACAAGCUGCCGUCAGGUGGGAAUGAGAUCCCGAAACCAGGGUGGUGAAAGUUCAUCCAAUGGGCAUAUCUCUUGCCCCAAGUCCUCUAUCAUCAGCAAUGUUGAUGAUAAAAGUCUCUCAGAAGAUGCAAAAAAGAAGAACAAAUCAAAUAGAAAGGAGGAUGAUGUCAUGGCCUCAGGAACUGUCAAACGACACCUAAAACCAUCUGGAGAAAGUGAACGAAAAAAUAAGAAACCCUUGGAGUUAUCCAAAGAAGACCUUAUACAGCUCCUCAGUAUAAUGGAAGGAGAGUUGCAGGCCAGGGAAGAUGUGAUCCACAUGCUGAAGACAGAGAAAACCAAGCCUGAGGUUCUAGAGGCUCAUUACGGGUCUGCAGAGCCAGAGAAAGUGCUGCGAGUCCUGCACCGAGAUGCCAUCCUAGCCCAAGAGAAGUCUAUAGGAGAAGAUGUCUAUGAGAAACCAAUUUCAGAGCUGGACAGACUCGAGGAAAAACAAAAAGAGACGUACCGGCGCAUGCUAGAGCAGCUGCUGCUGGCAGAGAAGUGCCACAGGCGCACGGUGUACGAGUUAGAGAGCGAGAAGCACAAGCACACUGACUACAUGAACAAGAGCGACGACUUCACCAACCUGCUGGAGCAGGAGCGGGAGAGGUUGAAAAAGCUCCUUGAACAAGAAAAGGCUUACCAAGCCCGAAAAGAAAAGGAAAAUGCUAAGCGGCUCAAUAAACUAAGAGAUGAGCUUGUGAAACUCAAGUCCUUUGCACUCAUGCUGGUGGAUGAAAGGCAAAUGCAUAUUGAGCAACUUGGCCUGCAAAGCCAGAAAGUCCAGGAUCUUACUCAGAAACUGAGAGAAGAAGAAGAAAAGCUCAAAGCCAUCACUUCCAAAUCCAAAGAAGACAGACAGAAACUGCUCAAGUUAGAAGUGGAUUUUGAACACAAGGCUUCAAGGUUUUCCCAGGAGCAUGAAGAGAUGAAUGCCAAGUUGGCCAACCAAGAGUCUCACAACAGGCAACUCAGGCUCAAGCUGGUUGGCUUAACUCAGAGAAUCGAGGAGCUGGAGGAGACCAACAAAAACCUCCAAAAGGCAGAGGAAGAACUGCAGGAGUUAAGAGAUAAAAUUGCCAAAGGCGAAUGUGGCAACUCCAGCCUUAUGGCAGAAGUAGAAAAUCUCCGGAAGCGUGUGCUUGAAAUGGAGGGUAAAGAUGAGGAGAUCACCAAAACUGAAUCCCAGUGCAGAGAAUUGCGGAAGAAGCUCCAAGAGGAGGAACACCACAGCCGAGAGCUCAAACUUGAAGUCGAGAAGUUACAGAAGAGAAUGUCCGAACUGGAGAAAUUGGAAGAAGCAUUCAGCAAGAGUAAAUCUGAGUGUACCCAGCUACAUUUAAAUCUGGAGAAGGAAAAGAACUUAACCAAAGACCUGUUGAAUGAACUAGAGGUGGUCAAGAGUAGGGUUAAAGAACUGGAAUGUUCUGAAAGUCGAUUGGAAAAGGCCGAAUUAAGUCUAAAAGAUGACCUCACAAAGUUGAAGUCAUUUACUGUGAUGCUGGUUGAUGAAAGGAAAAACAUGAUGGAAAAAAUAAAGCAAGAGGAGAGAAAAGUGGAUGGACUCAACAAAAAUUUUAAGGUAGAACAAGGAAAGGUUAUGGAUGUCACCGAAAAACUAAUCGAAGAAAGCAAGAAGCUUUUAAAACUGAAAUCAGAAAUGGAGGAAAAGGUAUACAACUUGACAAAAGAAAGAGAUGAGUUAAUAGGUAAACUGAAAAGUGAAGAAGAAAAAUCCUCUGAGUUAAGCUGCAGUGUUGACCUAUUAAAGAAGAGACUUGACGGGAUGGAGGAAGUAGAAAGAGAAAUAACCAGAGGGAGGUCUCGGAAAGGGUCUGAGCUCACCUGCCCAGAAGACAACAAGAUUAAGGAACUAACACUUGAAAUCGAGAGACUGAAGAAACGCCUCCAACAAUUGGAGGUGGUCGAGGGGGAUUUGAUGAAGACGGAGGAUGAGUAUGAUCAGCUGGAGCAGAAAUUUAGAACCGAGCAGGACAAGGCGAAUUUUCUCUCUCAACAACUGGAGGAGAUAAAGCACCAGAUUGCCAAGAACAAGGCAAUCGAGAAAGGCGAGGCUGUGAGUCAGGAAGCGGAGCUGAGACACCGGUUUCGGUUAGAAGAAGCUAAAAGUCGAGACCUGAAAGCCGAAGUCCAAGCUCUGAAAGAGAAGAUCCAUGAAUUGAUGAACAAAGAAGAUCAGCUUUCUCAACUCCAAGUGGAUUAUUCUGUCCUUCAACAGAGAUUUCUGGAAGAAGAAAAUAAGAACAAAAACAUGGGGCAGGAGGUCCUCAAUCUGACCAAAGAGUUGGAGCUUUCUAAGCGGUAUAGCCGAGCUCUUAGACCCAGUGUGAAUGGAAGAAGAAUGGUGGAUAUUCCAGUGACGUCGACUGGAGUGCAGACGGAUGCUGUCAGCAGUGAGGCAGCAGAGGAAGAAACACCAGCAGUAUUUAUACGGAAAUCCUUUCAAGAAGAAAAUCACAUCAUGAGUAAUCUUCGACAGGUGGGAUUGAAAAAACCUAUGGAACGAUCCUCUGUUCUAGACAGGUAUCCUCCAGCAGCAAAUGAGCUCACUAUGAGAAAGUCUUGGAUUCCAUGGAUGAGAAAAAGGGAAAAUGGGCCCCCAAUCACUCAAGAGAAAGGGCCUCGGACAAAUUCCAGUCCGGGGCACCCAGGAGAGCUGGUCCUUUCACCAAAACAAGGCCAGCCUCUGCAUAUUCGAGUGACACCAGACCAUGAGAAUAGUACAGCAACUUUGGAAAUAACAAGCCCAACAUCUGAAGAAUUUUUUUCUAGUACCACUGUCAUUCCUACCUUAGGGAAUCAGAAACCAAGGAUAACCAUUAUUCCAUCACCAAAUGUUAUGUCUCAAAAAUCAAAAAGUGGAGAUGCUACUCUUGGCACAGAACGAGCCAUGUCUCCAGUCACGAUUACCACAUUUUCUAGAGAGAAGACCCCAGAAAGUGGAAGAGGUAUGUUUGCCGACAGGCCCACAUCCCCCAUUCAGAUAAUGACAGUGUCUACAUCUGCAGCACCCGCUGAGAUCGGAGUCUCUCCAGAAUCCCAGGAAAUGCCCAUGGGAAGGACUGUCCUCAAAGUCACCCCAGAAAAACAGACUGUUCCAACUCCUCUACGGAAAUAUAAUGCCAAUGCCAAUAUCAUAACCACGGAAGACAAUAAAAUUCACAUUCAUUUAGGUUCUCAGUUUAAACGAUCCCCUGGGACUUCAGCUGAAGGAGCAAGUCCAGUUAUUACUGUCCGACCUGUCAAUGUGACAGCUGAAAAAGAGGUUUCCACUGGCACUGUCCUUCGCUCUCCUAGGAACCAUCUCUCGUCAAGACCUGGCGCAAGCAAAGUGACCAGCACUAUCACCAUAACACCGGUCACAACUUCAUCUACUCGAGGAACCCAGUCAGUGUCAGGACAAGACGGGUCAUCUCAGCGACCUACACCCACCCGCAUUCCUAUGUCAAAAGGUAUGAAAGCAGGAAAGCCAGUAGUGGCAGCCCCAGGAGCAGGAAAUCUGACCAAAUUCGAGCCUCGAGCUGAGACUCAGUCUAUGAAAAUAGAGCUGAAGAAAUCUGCAGCCGGCAGCGCUACCUCUCUUGGAGGGGGGAAGGGCUGAGGGCAGUGGCUGAGGGGAAAGCAUCGUCAUUCACCAGUUACGUAUGAACUCCAGAUGAAAUGGUAAACCAAGCACAUAUGGGGUGCGUGUACUUCCUCUGAAUCCCUGUUGAAUGAGUAGUAUUUCUGCAGCCCUCCAUCAUCACUAAGGUCCUCCAUGCUACUGAUCACUACUGGAAAUAAUUUUCUACUUCCAGUGAUUUUUUUUUGAGGAUAUAAUAAUGUAAAAGCUGAAAAUGGCAUUGCUGAUAAUAUGAAAAUAGGUAGCAAGAGCGAUUCAAUCUUUGUGUCAAAAUAAAUUUCCUUUCUGCAAAGCUUUCAAGUCCAUGGGCACAUGCUAUGUAAUUUAUUUUUAUAAUACACUUUGUAAUGUGAUUUUUUUUCCUAAAGUGUUUCCUUUUUCGUAGUCUAUGGCACAUAUAUCUGUAGAGUACACUGUCAGUUCUUCAAAGUAUUGGUACUGGUGCAUUCAAAACAGGAAACUAUCACUAUUUUCCUUCAUCAACCUUUUAUUUCUGAAGGAAAAGAAAGUACAACACUCUACAUAUUUCCUGGGGUAAAUUCAAGAAAUAAAACAGAAGCAGGAGAUUCUAGAGGAGGUUUUAUUAUUGCUUAUACAAUGCUGUGAUUCUGAUCAUAGUUCAACAGUAAUAAAAUAAUGUUGAUUUAAAGACUUUAAUUUUAAAUAUGUAAAGCCAAUUUUAAAAAUUGCCCUUUUUAGUCUGUGGCAAAACCCCUGGAUAAAUUGAAUUUCAUAUGGAACAAAUUAAUAAAAGAAGAUAUAUAAGUUUAACCAGUAAGGAUAUGGGACUACAUCAACUGAUAGUUCAAUUAUAUUUGUUUGCAUUAUUUGCUUAUAUGUAUGAGACUUAUAAGGACUGUGAUAACAAGGUAUUUCUCACAAUCUGCCCAAAUGAAAGCCCCAUAAAUAAAAACUGACCCAAGGUAAUAUCUGCAUCUUAAAAAAAAAAAUGGUAAGAGAAAUCCCAUAAGAAAUGAUGUUUCUUCUUGAUAGACAGGAUUUGGAUAGAUUUUCAUAAUGGCAUGUAGGUUGCAGAAUAUAUUCUUUAAAGAUAAAAGCACAACAUGCAUUACUCAAAUCUCAAUGUCAGAGCUGCUGUGGAAUUUAGGUUUAUAUGAAAAUGUACAUCUAAAGUCUACUUGAAACCCUAAUAAUACAGCUUUUUAAAAAGACUUUGCUAAUGUGGACAUGUUUUCAACAAGGUCUUUAAAAAAAUAACUUCAAAAAUAAAUGAAGAUUUGACAUAUCAGUUUCUGAAUGCAAAAAUCGUAUAUCAUGGAGCUUUACUGAUAUUAAAGAAAAUGCUUCUCAGUGCCACACAGAUAACUAAAAACCACAAAAGCAACACCGUUGGCCUAUUUCUCCAGUUGACAGCUUGUAUCCAGGUUAUAAACCCAUAAAAAAGCGAGUCUACACUGAGUCUCUGGAAUAGAAAAAUUAAUUGGAUUUCCUCCCUUAUGUAACUUUGGAAGGUUUUAAAUUAUGCUUUGUGGAACUAGCAAUCAUCUUCAGUAGGUAUUAUAAAUUAAAUAACUAUAUUUUAUGGAAAAUUAGCUUGAUUUUUUUUUUUUAAAGUAAAAGAAAUUCUAUAGUAGGCUUGUCCUAGUUUGAAUGAUUGUGAAUGUAUCACAUAUCCUUCAGGGCUUUUGAUUAAUGACUGAGAAACCUAGUGUGUGUAUGUGUGAAGAUUUAAAAAAUUGUUGCUAUGAGUUUUCUGUUUUCUGAAAAUGUUUUUGAACUGUAAUGACAUUUUCAAGUAAAAAGGGUUUUAUUUUCUAUUGUUACCUUUUUUGGCACACAGUUAAGUUCCCUAUUUGCUAACAUUUAUACUUCUGAUUUAUCACAAAUUAGCAUUUGAAGCAAAUAGCUUUUUCUCAACUUGUGGAAAAUUAUAUGAAUAGUGAAAAGUCUAGAGGAUAAGACUUUACUUCUUGACUUUAAAAUAUUACAAGUGAUUUAUGUAUAUUUGGAUCUGAAGUUUUUAUUUCUCUUGAAUUUAUAAUGAAAUUUGGUACUUGCAAUGCAGAGUAAGGAUGGUGGUGCAAUCAGAGUCACUUAGAUGGAUGUUGAGCUUUUUUCUGCUCAUCCUGGGAUUAAGUCUUCUGUUUAAACCCAAAUGGAACCUGAGUGACAGAUAAGUAAACUUAAUUUUAAAAAUUAAUAAAUUGUUCUGAAAUAAAAGAAUAUUAAAAAUUAACAGAAAAGUCAAAACACCAAAUAGCUACAUCCUUAUCUAAUGAUAUACAAAAUCAGAAACAGUCCUAUCCCAAUAUCCAUAACCAGUUGAAAAAAACUGCCUCCAUGUGCACCAUUCUAGACUCAUAAAAUUUACGUAUCUUUUAUUAGAUCUCCAAUCAUCAAUAUGAAAGGGAAUCCGUCUUGAAUAGAAUAAUUUUCUGAAAUGAUUCCAGUUUAAGGUACAACAGUUGAACUAAUCCAUUAUUUUACACUUUUCUUUUUGAUAAAUAUUUUUGAGGUAUCCUCUGCAGAGAUUUUUUUCAAGUAUUUCAUAAAAUAUUAAGGUUUCAUGAAGACAGUGAAUAAAUUUUCCAGAUUUUAGAUGCCUAGAAUGUUCACAAAAUGUGAAGAAUUAAUUGUCUCUUAGGAAAACCAUAAAAAAAAUUCAUGACAUGGAACAUCUAGCUUAAGCAUUAAAAAAGACACCAGCACUAUUGAUAUAAUUCACAGGUUCUAAAAAGCAGCUGCAAAGCAAGAGUAAAUAAAUGUUGGAUCAGACAAUGUAAUGUAUUUAUGUCCUUUCUCUUUACGCUGUAGUUGAAUUUUCCUGGAAAUGAAUAAAAAACAUAAUAAUAAUUGGGCAUGUUCAUGAAUUUGAUGAGCAAUGAUUCUAAAAAUAACAAAAAUGCAAAAUGGAAGUUAAAAAAAACACAACUGGCACCUGAGGCAUAUAUCCCCUUUGGACUCCAGUGCUAUCCCCCUGCUAAAAUUACUAAUUGAAAGUGAAGAGGAAAAACAAUAAAAGCUAUUGUAAUAAAUUCAUAAAAAUUGGGAGAGUUUCACGGAAUUAGCUUAGUGAACACUAAUAUUUUAUUUUGUGUCUUAAAUUUUCAGCGUUUACUCCAUAACUAUAUAACAACUGUUUGUUACAUAGGAAAAAUACAAAAUGCAGAUUAUUAAGUUCGAAUAGAAAUGUUUAAGGUGCCAUGACAUAAUACAUUUAUUUUUGUUGUUGUUUUUUCAUUUAUAUUAUUUGGGUAAUUUUACCUUACCAUCCACAGAUUUUUGUUACUUUUAACAGUGCUGAUUGUAUUUAUUUAGAUUUUGUUUAAAAAUAUCAGAUGUCAGCUUCUCCAAUAUGAGACUUACAGUGUGAUCAAGAUAUUCUUAGAAGUCCUGCAGUCUAAUGGAUUUUCAAAAGCAAAAGAGUGCGUUGAAAAAUUGUGGAGUUACAUUAUAUUUUCACAACAUUCAUAAGUUUUAUUAAGUACGAGAAGUUUAUUAGUUUUCACUACAGCCAAUGGAAUUUAUGGGUAUCUACUUGUCUUUUAUAUGAUUGUAAUAUCUUGCUUUCAGUUCUUCACAGGUUAUUGAAAUUAUUUAGCCAAUUAAGACAUUCUCUUUGUGUUAUUUCCAAAGUCAACCAUGUUCAUCAAAAAUCUCACUAGAGAGUGAGAAAAAUAACAAUUGUGAUAUAAAAACAUUGUGCAAUAUUUUUUUGAGUUGGAACAUAAUAUUCAUAAAAUUAAAAUCAUUUAAAAGAAGUAUUCAACCUUCAUCUUUUAUUUAAAAUUGUUUGCUUUAAAAUAGUUUUUGUUUCGGCAUUUCCUAUUUUCUUAAAAAUAUGGUGUUCUUCACUGUGAAUGAGCAGAAAUGGUACAGCAGAUCUGCCAAAAUGAGAGCUACUUUUCCCGAGUUACAUCCUAGUCUGAUUCCUUAUUAAGAUGAAAACUGCAAAACACCAAGAGAUAGAACUGGUUAUAGGGUUUCCCUCAGCCCUUUAUCUUCACCGAAUGCAUUGUCAGUCUAUAUUUAGAUAUCACUUUACUGCUUUCUGCUGUCAAUCUAAAGGUAGGUUACUCAGUAGAGCAAAUGCUCCUGAGGUUUUCCAGCAGGCCACAACCCAGCUUCUAGAGAGGCAGUUAGGGUAAUGCUUUCAGCAAAAUGGGAUAGAGAUGACAGUGGGGCUAUUCUCUGACGCCUUUUAUUUAUCAACUUUGUGCCAGAUUUGGUGCUCUACAGCCAAUCUCUACUUGUCUUUGCCUUAUUUGUGACAAAGGAAUGGCUUUUUCCUGUUUAUUGUCUAAAGAUCCACAUAUCAAAAAAAGCAGGUAAGGAUGAUGUCUAAACACAGAUGCUUUCUACAGGCAGGUUGCAGAUGUUAGGGGUCUUGCCUACAAGGCAGUUCUGAGGCCUCUCUUUGGAGUGGAGCCCCUUGGGUUCACAUGGUUUAAGAGCACUGGCCAAAAGUCAUUGUUUAUUUCAUGACUUCCCAGGAGAAGGAAGGUAUCAGGCUUUCUGUA